UCCCCUCCAUCUUCCCUCAUCUUCCACAAACUCAUGCAAUUCCUGGGCAGCCUCUCCUCUCUCAAAAGGGUCGAGUUUUGAUUUCCUUCCAUACACGGUCCUCUACUUGCUUUCUCUUCUUGUUUUGGCUCCGGUUCUGAGGGCGAAAAGAGAUGGUUCCUCUAGGAUUCCUGGUGGUCGGCUUGCUCUCGCAAUUCGUGCCGGUUUCUCGCGCCUAUGGAUAUUACGGCGGGUGGACGAAUGCUCAUGCCACAUUCUAUGGAGGGAGCGAUGCUUCCGGAACAAUGGGAGGGGCUUGUGGGUAUGGGAAUCUAUACAGCCAAGGGUACGGCACAAACACAGCUGCACUGAGCACUGCAUUGUUCAACAAUGGGCUGAGCUGCGGCGCGUGCUUUGAGCUCCGGUGCGUGAACGACCCGCAGUGGUGCCUCCCGGGCGCCAUUGUGGUCACGGCGACCAACUUCUGCCCUCCAGGAGGGUGGUGCGACCCUCCUCAACUCCAUUUCGACCUCUCCCAGCCGGUCUUCCAGCACAUUGCGCAGUACAGGGCCGGGAUCGUCCCGGUGGCCUACCGAAGAGUGAGGUGCAGGAGAAGCGGAGGGAUCCGGUUCACCGUCAACGGCCAUUCUUAUUUCAACCUCGUGCUCAUAACCAAUGUCGGCGGAGCCGGGGAUGUGCACUCCGUGGCCAUCAAAGGAUCAAGGACCCGGUGGCAACCCAUGUCGAGAAACUGGGGACAGAACUGGCAGAGCAACUCCGACCUCAAUGGGCAGAGCCUCUCUUUCCUAGUCACCGCCAGCGACGGCCGGAGCGUCGUGUCCUACAACGUCGCCCCUUCUGGUUGGUCCUUCGGUCAGACUUAUACCGGAGGCCAAUUCCGAUACUAAUUAUCGAACCCGUGCUUACAACCUUUUACUAGCACAAGUCGUGAAAAACAUUAUAAGUAUGAAAAUCCAACUUGGAUUUCUACGUUGCCGUCGCGCUGAUCGUUCCAAACAGGGCACUAAUUCGAUCGGCAAGUUGAAGUUAAAAAGACUGAAGUCUCUAAGGAAUUGAUGAUUGAAUCAUAAGUGCUUUUUUUGCUUGCUGAGUUUGGGCUGCUUCUGUAAUCCUAAAUGUCCUGCUGAAUGGAUAAAAGCCCUCAUAAUUUUACCGGGCGUGAGUAUCA